AUGCCUCGCAACGUGACCCUCCAGUACAUCCCCCAUGACUCGACCCGGCGCGAUAGAUUCAAGAAGCGCCUCAAGGGCCUGAUGAAGAAGGCGGAUGAACUAGCCAUCCUGUGCGAUGCCAAGACCUGCGUACUAGUGUACGAAGAGGGCAAGGCGGCGCCGGAGGUGUUCCCUUCCCACGCCGAGGCAAUGGGUAUCCUGAAUCAAUUCAAAAGCCUGCCAGAGCUGGGGCCGUGCAAGGAGGCGAUGAACCAGGAGAUCUUCAUCACCAAGCGCAUUGAGAAGCUCCGGGACCAGGUCGACAAGACGCGCCGCGAGUGCGAGGACAGCGAGAUCAGGUACCUCCUUCACAAAAUCAUGCAUGGCGACCCAUCGGUCCUCGUUGGCCUCGACAUCGAGAAGCUCACCAAAGUUGGCUACAAAGUGAACGUGUUUCUCAAGAGCAUCGCUGAACGCAUGGCAAAAAUCCAUUCCCAGGCGCCACCGCCAGCUCCAUGUGUCACCACCGGCAACAUAGACAUGGGGUCUCCCGUGUUGUAUCCGACACCACCUCAGUAG